AUGAAGGAAAGAAGUUACCUAUAUUCGUUACCUAGAAAGAAAUGCAUUAAGGCAAUGGAUGGGAAGAUACCAAAAAUAGAAAGUUCAUGGCUCUCUGAAGAUAGACAGGAAGCCAGAUUGCCUUUUGAAGAAAAAAGCUAUAGUGUGGAAGAGGUUGCAGAAGAGAGGACAGUGGAUUUCUGCAGUACAUCUGCCAUUGAAGAAAGAGCUUUGAUGAAGCCAUACGUAGGCUUUCCGAUGGACGAGUUCCUCUCGUCUAUCUCCGAAAGAGAAAGAAGAUUGAGGUUCAACUUUAGUCUUAUCAAUUCCGUGAUACUCCGGUUCCUAGAUCACAGAAACAUCAGAUCCAUCUUAUCUAUAGAGUCCAUAUUCAGAGCUGCUAGAGAAUUGCCUCUUGUUCUUAUUUCCGGAUACAUUUACCUUGAAAAAUACGUGAAGAAAGUUGGGGCUGUGUUUGGCGACUGCAAGAAACUAAUCAAGUUUUUCUUUGGGUGCUGUUUCAUGGGAUCGAAGUUCAUUUAUGACACCUGGCAUCCUGACAGCCUGUUUAUCAGAGGAAUGAACUCUGCAGAAAUUUCUCGUAUAGAGGGACUGGUUCUAUCUGCCAUAGAUUACGACCUUGAGAUAUCCAACAAUGACAUCAGAAGGGUUAUUCUUCAAAACAAGGCCUCACUAAGCAACAAAGAACAUCUCAAUGCUCAGUUUAACAGGGCUAUUAGAACUUAUUAA